CGCCGCUGCGCCUCUCGCCCAGUGCAUUGUGGUCUGCGCGCUAAAGGAAGCUGCUGCAGCGGAAUCUGAAGAAUUUGAGGUGUCCGCCAAGUCUGCCGCUCAUCGCUGGCUGCUCUCUCUGUACCUCCAUCUGCUCUUUAAGGUCAAACAAGGAGGAAAAAAAAUGUCUCAAGCUGACAAAAUGAAGCAGGGGCAGUUCACCAACCCUGAGACCCCGGGGUAUGUUGGAUUCGCCAACCUGCCUAAUCAGGUUCAUCGAAAAUCUGUAAAAAAGGGUUUUGAGUUCACCCUCAUGGUUGUAGGUGAAUCUGGACUUGGAAAAUCCACCUUGAUCAACAGCCUCUUCCUCACUGACCUUUACCCUGAGAGGGUCAUUCCUGGAGCAGCAGAAAAGAUAGAAAGGACGGUUCAGAUCGAGGCAUCUACUGUAGAAAUUGAGGAGCGAGGAGUGAAGCUCCGCCUCACUGUGGUUGACACACCAGGAUACGGAGAUGCCAUCAACAGCCAGGACUGUUUCAGCACCAUUAUCAGCUACAUCGAUGACCAGUUUGAGCGCUACCUCCACGACGAGAGCGGCCUAAAUCGUAGACACAUUGUUGACAAUAGAGUUCACUGCUGCUUCUACUUCAUCUCCCCACUUGGCCACGGCCUGAAACCUCUUGACGUCCAGUUCAUGAAGGCCAUUCACAACAAGGUCAAUGUGGUUCCUGUCAUCGCCAAAGCCGACACACUCACCCUCAGAGAGAGGGAGAGGCUCAAGCGCAGGAUUCUCGAUGAGAUCGAUGAGCAUGGCAUCAAAAUCUACCAUCUUCCCGAUGCUGAGUCAGACGAAGAUGAAGAUUUUAAAGAGCAGACCAGGAUCCUCAAGGCUAGUAUCCCAUUUGCAGUGGUGGGGUCCAACCAGCAGAUUGAGGCCAAAGGGAAGAAGGUGAGGGGUCGUCUGUACCCUUGGGGAGUGGUGGAGGUGGAGAACCCAGAGCACAAUGAUUUCCUCAAACUGCGGACCAUGCUGAUAACCCAUAUGCAGGAUCUCCAGGAAGUAACCCAGGACCUGCACUACGAGAACUUCCGUUCGGACCGCCUCAAACGGGGUGGCAGGUUGUCCUCCCAUGGUUACAUUCUGCCUCUGUCUCCUGCAAAGGGACCCGAGCCGGAGGAAAUGGACAAGGAUAUGAUCCUGCAGGAGAAGGAGGCUGAGCUGAGGCGAAUGCAGGAGAUGAUCGCCAAGAUGCAGGCCCAGAUGCAGAAACAAGGGGACGGAGAGGGAGACGGCCCACACGUGUGAUAGUGAUGUUAGGUAUUUGAGCCACUGCUUGAGUUUGACCAGAGAGAUGGAAAAGGUGUAAAGCUGCCUGGUCAUGGACUCCUACUGCUUGCCACUAUUUUAUUUUUUAUUUUUUUAAUUUCAGUUCCAAGUGGGAUCUGGAAUGAUUUUUUUUUUUUUUUUAAUGCGUACAGUAAAGUAUAUUUGACAGUGUUACAUUUAUAUAUUCAAUCACGGUUCUAUUGUUUCUUCCUCUUUUUUUUUUUUUUUUUUUUUAAUUUUACCACUUUAGAAAACGUUUACUGAAAUGAAGUAACAUGACCAAUAUUUUAGGAUGCUUGCAUAUUUUAUAUUGGGAUUUAGUUACUUUUCCUUUUAUUUGCUGUUCAGAAAACCAAAGUAUUGCUGCUUCUGUUUGAAGACUUUAGUUCUGAAGCAUCUGUCGGAGCACAUACUAGCACAUGCUCUGUGAAAGAGUUUCAUUGAGAGAGCAAACUGUAGUAGCAGGAGUAGCUGAAAACCUCCUUUGUUUCUCUCUUACAUCAUUGUGUUAAUAUUAUUCCUGUCAGGAGAAAACAUUAUUUAACAUAGCCUCUGGUUAGGAGUUGACCACACGAGCUUACCAUUAAAUAGUCUUGCUUCAUAUUGAUGAUGUUAUCCCGCUCAUAUGCAUGCAACUCUCAACCAAAAAAAUUUAGGAUGAAUUUUAACAGUGUUUGAGAUCAGCUUCUUCCUUCCUUGUUUCUUCCAUUUGUGCUUUUCUCACAUCGGUGUCACCAUGUACAACUGCCUUCAAGUGUGGUUCAGCUCCUUUUGAGAAAUUAAACUGUGAUUCGUAACCUUUUUAUAGUCUUCCCAUACACCUGUCACAUGAAGGACAGACAAAUGAGGCGUUAAGCCUCUUUGGUGCUUUCACAUAACUAGAUGCAUUUAAUCCUUUUCAUGUGUCCUCGCCAGUGUAAAGUGAAGUCAUGUGAAGGAGCAGUGAAGCAGUGGAGUGUGUGUUAUUGGUACAAUGAGAAGUAUAAACUUCUACCUGUCCCAACUGCUGAGUGCUUUGUGGUUUUAGUGACCACAGAGUUUAAAGGCGACCUGAUGAGGUCACUGUAGCCAACAAUAACCCCACCAGCCCAGACAUUCCUCUUUGUGCUGUUUUUAAUCUGACAAAUAUUGUUCUUGAUACAUAAAUUGUAAUAAAGGUUUUAUUAAAUGUCAAA